AUGAGGCUGAUGCCUUUCAAUGGAUGCCACACGGAAAACACUCAACUGUCUACUCAACAAGGGAAAUUUAUAACCUGUUGCGCGUGCACCACCAGCGAGUCCCUUGGUACAAGGAAGUAUGGUUCUCCAAACGAAUUCCACGCCACAAGUUCCUAUCUUGGCUCUUCGUUCUGGACAGAUGCCCCACUAAAGAUAGAAUGGUGGAGUGGGGUAUUGCUACUGACCCUAUGUGCAUCCUCUGUAACUCGGGCCUUGAAUCUAGAGAUCAUUUGUACUUCUCUUGCUCCUACACUUGGGAGAUUUGGUACUCAGUGGCUGGUAGAUCGGGUUUCUCCUCUCCAAGAGUGUGGAAUGAAAUCCUUCGAGACCUACAGAAACUAAAAACUCCGACACACACCAGACUCCUUGCUCUCUUGGCUUGGCAAGCUUCGAUUUAUUGUAUAUGGGCGGAACGCAAUGCGCGACUCCACCGAAGUAGAUUCAGACCCCCUUCCGCCAUCGUCAAGGAAAUACACACUAUCGUCAAGCUCAGAAUUGCUGCUAUUCGUAUAGAUGAUCCUCACCUAGCGUCUGUCCUCUUCCAAGCUUGGGUCUCCUAAUAUCCAACUGCCGUCAAGACGGAAUGCAACUAUCUCAUCUUCAAAUCAUCACCAUUCUUCUCUCCCUCCUAAUUAUUCACUUGGGCAAGUGCAAUAGUUAGUGAGGUAAUAUUUUGGGCUGCUGGCAGUUUCGGGUUCGGUUCUUUGUAAGGCAUUUGCUACUAAGUUAGGCUUUGUAAAACUUUUCUUUCUCAUGCAAUUUAAUAGAAAAUAUUUUAGCAAAAAAAAAAAAAAAAAAAACAUUUUGUAGUGACCAGAUUGCUCCAGUUUAUAGGUACUUUCUCCGAGUGAUCUGUAGAUGCCUUUAAAUUUUUGUAGAUGCGUUUGGACAAAAACAUAUAUAUUGGAGUGGUCAUAAGAUUGACAAAUACUUGGGUUUAAUUCAAGUACACCUGGACAAGAUUUACCAAAGUUCAAAGUUUAAGAUAUAUUUGUCAGAACAAAUUGGUUCUUAUCUUUUUACUCAAAGAGUACAAAAUUUUCCAUUUUUAGUAUAAAAUAUUCUAGGGUUUGUUUCUUUUCGUUGGGUUAUCUUUUCAGUUUUGGUCAAGCUUUAAAUCUCUUUAAUUAGAUUUUAUUAUUUAUUUUUUGUCAGGAAAACCGUUGUUUGACCCUUUUGUUUUUUUUUCAUUUUCAAGAAAUAAACAAACUCAUAACAAACAAUCCAGUUCAAUAGAAAAUCACUUUCAAACACUUAUAUAAAUCCAUCUCAUUGAAAAAAAAAGAUUUAUCAAAUUUUAAUCAGAAAGUUGAACAAAAAGUAAAAGCGUAACAAUUACAACUACAAUGGCUACGUCCAAAACCAUAGCGGUCAUUCUAUUCCUAAUAACGCUAGUUAAGUCUAGCAACGCGGCUGAGAACGCCACAACGCAACCGCUCGCCCCAGCCAUCCUAAUCUUCGGAGAUUCAACCGUGGACACGGGCAACAACAACUACCACGCCAAUGCCAACUUCAAGGCAAACCAUAUCCCUUACGGAGUCGACCUCCCAGGGAAAGUAGCGAGCGGGAGAUUCUCAAACGGAAAGCUAUACUGCGACAUCGUGGCCUCCAAGCUUCACAUCAAAGAGCUUGUUCCUCCUUUUCUACAACCUAACCUCUCAGACGCAGAAAUCGCCACCGGGGUUAGCUUUGCAUCCGCUGGCUCAGGCUUUGACGACCAAACUAUGCUCUUGACCAAGGCCAUCCCCGUCUCACAUCAACCUACAAUGUUCAAGAGUUACAUUGAACGUCUCAAAGGUAUUGUAGGAGAGAAGAAAGCGAUGGAGAUCAUCAAUGGUGCCAUCGUGAUGGUUAGUGCGGGUACUAACGAUUUCAUCUUGAACUAUUAUGAUUUCCCCACAAGGCGUCUAGAGUAUCCUCAAGUAUCUGAUUACCAGGAUUUCGUGCUUAAGAGACUAGAAAAAUUCGUCAAGGAGCUUUACAAUUUAGGGUGCCGAAAAAUGUCGGUGGGUGGGUUGUCGCCUAUAGGCUGUCUGCCGAUCCAAAUAACCUCAAAACUCACCAGAGGCAUAUCCAGAAGAUGCAUAAACAGUGAGAACAAAGAUGCAGUCUUGUACAAUGAAAAACUUCAAAAGCUAUUGCCUGCUAUUGAAGCUUCUCUUCCAGGAAGCAAGAUCUUAUACGCAAAUGUCUACGAUCCUAUGAUGGACAUGAUCAAGCACCCUGCCAAAUACGGGUUUAAGGAAACCAGGAAAGGGUGUUGCGGAACAGGAUUUUUAGAGACGAGUGACAUGUGCAAUUCCGGUUCUAAGUUGUGUUCCAAUCACUCGGAGUAUAUGUUCUUUGACUCUAUUCACCCUUCCCUCGCCACCUACACUCACCUCGCUGGUUCUUCUGCCUACUCUACCAUAUCGAAGCUUCUUGAUGCCUAAAGCUCUCAACUAUUAAGAAUUUUAUCGGUUAUACAGUUUUUGUAUUAGUCACCAUGAGAUUGAUUUUAUUCUUUGAUGUAUAUUGUCACUUUUUUUUUAAUUCCAUCAAUAUUCUCACCAAACAAAACAAAAAAGACAUUAUUUAACAGGAUUCACAAUGUUACAAAUUUUAGAUUAAUAAUCCUUUUCUUUUCCAUUUUAAAUUUAAUCAACUUUAGCGUUCUUUAAACAACCCCUUAAUCCCCAACUCCAAAUCUUCAACAGUAUAAGCAAUAGGAUUAAUUUUACAAUUUUCUUAAAUAAAAAUACUUGUUAUAAAAAUAAAAACGAUUAUACUCCCUCCGUUUCAGAUUACUUGUUGUUGUAUGGUUAAUUUUUUGUUUCAAAAUAAGUGUCGUUUUAUAAUUUCAAUAUAAAAUUUAUUUUUAUAUUUUUAUCUAUUUUUUAAUUGGUUAGAAUGUGGUUGGGUGAGUUAAUAAUGAUGUUCUUAUCUAGUAAAUAUACAAAAUUAAAUGCUUCCUUAAUUUGUGUGCCGAAGUAUAAAACGACAAAUUAUCUGAAAUGGAAGAAGUAAUCUUUUAUCUAAAAUAGAUGAAUACAUUAAACACACGUUUACUUAGAGUUACUCUAUUGUAGAAGAAAAUAUAGGAAAAUACAUUAAAAAUUAUUUUAUAUAGAUAUUUCCGUUAAUAGCAAUCUCAAAUUAAUGAUUUAAACCAUAAUAGCACUCUCAAAUUAAUGUAAGAACCAUUUUAAGUAUGUUUAUUUAUAGUAGCAUAACAUCAAUGUUACUUAAAUUAUUGUGUUGCUUAUAAGACUUUCUUCUAACGACUGUUUUCAGAUUGGAGAUAUCUCCAGCCUAUAACACCCGUUUGGUUAGAUUUAUCCUCGUGUGCAAUAUCUUUUUGUUAUUUUUUUAUUUUUUUACUCGAUGUUUUAUUCCAAUACACAAAUAUUAAAAAAAACAAUUUUUAUCAAAAGCAUCAAUAAAUUACAAUAUAAAAUUAGUUUAUUUAAUUAUAAAUAAAAA